UGGGGGCGGCUUCGCUCGCCGCUUCUCUCCCUCCCAAGAUGUCGGCGCUGGCCGUGGCCACCGCGGCGGCUGCCACUGCGGCGGCCGUAACCGCCGCGCGCUCCGAGAGGCAGGGCAGCCCGGCUUCGUCGCGGGGCUUCUACUUCAACACGGUGCUGUCGCUCGCCCGCUCGCUGGCCGUCCAGAGACCCGCCCCGCUCGAGAAGGUCCAAAAACUUCUCUGCAUGUGUCCGGUGGAUAUCCAUGGGAUUUUUCAGCUGGACGAACGCCGCAGAGAUGCUGUGAUUGCACUGGGAAUUUUUCUAAUAGAGUCUGACCUGCAGCACAAAGAUUCACUCAUCCCUUAUCUUCUCCGGCUACUGAGAGGCCUUCCCAAAGUGCAGUGGAUUGAAGAAAGCAAUUCGCGAAAAGGCCGAGGCAUCCUCCCAGUUGCAGAAAAUUUCAGCUUCUGUUUGGUGACCUUGCUGUCCGAUGUGGCCUACAGAGAUGCAUCUUUAAGAGACCAGGUUUUGGAGCCAAUUUUACAAGUGCUGCAAAUUCUCUUGGGAAUGUGUCAGUCUCCACAGAUCCAGGACAAAGAAUAUUUGUGCAAAUACGCCCUGCCUUGCCUAAUCGGAAUAUCCCGGGCGUUUGGUCGCUACAGCCACUCAGAAGAGGCUCUGCUGUCCAAGCUUUUCCCCAAAGUGACCCCGCAUUCCCGCCGGGCCUCCAGCGAGCUAGACGGGAUUCGGAGGCGUUCCUUCAACGACUUCCGCUCCAUUCUUCCCAACUCCCUGCUGACUGUCUGCCAAGAAGGAUCUUUAAAGAGGAAAACAAGCAGCGUUUCCAGCAUCUCACAGGUCAGUCCUGAUCGUGGGAUCCCUCCGCCUGGUUCUCCGGGAGGAACGGCUAUACAGUAUUUUGAAGGUUCCUACCUGCCGGAUGGAAGCGCGGUCGAUCCCGAAUAUUAUUUCUCUACCAUCAGCUCCAGUUUCUCUGUUUCGCCCCUCUUUAAUGGGAUUAGUAACAAGGAGUUUAACAUUCCACUAGAAAUGCUUCGCCAGUUGUUGAACAUGGUCAAGCAAAUAGUUGGGGACUCUGUUCUCAAAAACCUGGAUGCAGUGGCAGCUGAAGUUAUCGAGGCCAAUCCGCACGCUGAGCUCUUCUACAAAAUGUUCAGCGACUCUCUGUACGUUGCUCAAUUCAAAAUGCUGAGAGACACCCUGUACCAUAUGAAAGAACUUCCCAACUCUUUUGUGAAAGAAAUUCACGAUUUUGUGCUGGAACAAUUCAACACUAGCCAGCCGGAGCUUCAGAAGCUCCUUCACGAAGUCGAUAAAUUCCACAACGAGCUGAAUCCGCUGAAAUUGCGUUGCCAGGCGAACGCCGCCUGCGUGGACCUCAUGGUUUGGGCUGUGAAGGAUGAGCAAGGGGCAGAAAACCUCUGCAUCCGGUUGUCCGAAAAGUUGCAGUCCAAGACCUCCAGCAAAGUGAUCAUCGCCCACUUGCCUCUUCUGAUCUGCUGCUUACAGGGUCUCGGCCGCUUGUGCGAGAGGUUCCCCGUGGUGGUUCACUCGGUCAAUCCGUCUUUGCGGGAUUUCCUUGUGAUCCCCUCUCCAGUCCUGGUGAAAUUGUACAAGUAUCACAGCCAGUACCAGACAGGCACCAACGACAUCAAGAUCAGCAUAACCAACGAGCACGCGGAGUCCACGCUGAGCGUAAUGUCGGGCAAGAAAAACGAGUCCUCCAUGUACGAACAGCUCCGGGACAUUGCAAUCGAUAACAUCUGCAGGUGUUUGAAAGCUGGGCUGACCAUCGAUCCUGUCAUCGUUGAAGCCUUCUUAGCCAGUUUAUCGAACCGUCUCUACAUCUCCCAAGAAAGUGACAAGGAAGCCCACCUCAUUCCAGACCACACAAUCCGUGCCCUGGGCCACAUAGCGGUGGCUCUGAGGGACACCCCCAAAGUGAUGGAACCCAUUCUCCAGAUUUUGCAGCAGAAGUUCUGCCAGCCACCGUCUCCUCUUGACGUGCUCAUCAUUGACCAGCUGGGCUGUUUAGUUAUCACCGGAAAUCAAUAUAUUUACCAGGAGGUAUGGAAUUUGUUUCAGCAGAUCAGCGUGAAAGCAAGCUCCAUUGUAUACUCUGCGACUAAAGACUAUAAAGAUCACGGAUACAGACACUGUUCCUUAGCUGUUAUUAAUGCCCUGGCUAACAUAGCUGCAAAUAUACAGGAUGAACACGUUGUGGACGAGCUGCUGAUGAAUUUGUUGGAACUUUUUGUGCAGCUGGGGCUGGAAGGAAAAAGGGCCAGCGAGCGGGCAAGUGAGAAAGGGCCAGCACUGAAGGCCUCCAGCAGUGCAGGCAACCUUGGAGUGCUGAUCCCUGUUAUUGCUGUGCAUUUUCUGCAGGCGCUACAAGUCGUCACCCUGGCAGAAUUUCCCAACCUUGAUGCAAGCCCAAAUCAAAAAGUUAAGACCGCUUCUUGGUUGUGACUAAUAACAAAUGUUUCACAUUUUUUUAUUAAAUAUAAAUGAAUGUUAUAAUCAUAAUGAUAUUGAGAUAGAGCCAGUUUUAUCACAAGUGCUUCUAAAAAGACUCAGAAGCUAUCUUUUGAAAAUUAAACCUUCCCUCCCUCCCUCUUUCUUUCUUUCUUUCUUUCUUUCUUUCUUUCUUUUUCUUUCUUCCUUUCUUUCUCUCUCUCUG